ACGUCGCUUGAGUUCCGUUCCCGCCAGAUUUUUAAGUUUCAUUUCUUACCGCUCCAGCUGGUUCCUCCUCUCCGGAAGCAGAGCGCGCCAGCCAUGGACCCUGAACACAGAAAGUCGACGCGGACCGCUUCCAAGGCCGGAGCUCCCGCCGGCAAAGGCUCGGCGCGGAGUGCGAGGCGCGCUCUGGCGGACCCCAAAAAGUUUCCGCCCACCGCUGAGGCCGCUCAGUCCAGCGCGGGGAGGCGCGAACCCGCCACGGAGUCAGGAUCCCUGCCGAAGAAGACCGCCUCGGACCGCCAGGAGAGGCCACAGGUCCGUACGCGCGGGUCGCGCUCCAAGAAGGCACCUGUCGGCGCUGAAGAUGCGCAGUUCUUCGGGGCCGCCAGCGGUGCCUCGGUCGACGGGCAGGUGGCUCCUACGGCCCUGGCAGUCCCAGGGCCGCCCAUUCCCAGAGCGGGAUCUGGCCGCGAGGGGAGCGCGCCCUCGGCUCUGGAGCGGGAACCCAAGCCAGGGCCCAAGGGCCUGCUGGUCCGGGCCCCUAGCUUAGGCCGGAAGGAGGCGGUGCAAGCGGGCUGGUGGCCCCGGGCGGUGCUGGAGAAGUUGAAGCUGAACAGCCAGGAAAUCUCGGCGGCGGCUGAAGUCGUCAACAGGAUCGUGGACCAGCUGCUGAAGAGACUGCAGAGCUGCGAGUCUGAAUUCAGAGGCGUCGCGCUUCUGCGCACAGGGAGCUACUACGAGCGUGUGAAGAUUUCUGCUCCUAACGAAUUUGAUAUCAUGUUUAAACUGGAAGUCUCCAGAGUUCAGCUGGAAGAAUAUUCUAACAGUGGUGCUUAUUACUUUGUGAAGUUCAAAAGAAAUCCCAAAGGAAACCCUCUGAGUCAGUUUUUAGAAGAGGAAAUAUUAUCAGCUUCUAAGAUGCUGUCAAAAUUUAGGAAAAUCAUCAAGGAAGAAAUUAAAAACAUUGAAGAUACAGAUGUCACUAUGAAGAGGAAGAAGAAAGGGAGUCCUGCUGUAACACUUCUUAUUACAAAACCUAAGGAAAUAUCAGUGGAUAUAAUCCUGGCUUUGGAAUCAAAAAGCAGCUGGCCUGCUAGCACCCAGGAAGGCCUGCCCAUCAAGAGCUGGCUCGGAUCAAAAGUUAAGAACGAACUAAGACGACAGCCAUUUUACCUCAUACCCAAGCAUGCAAAGGAAGGAAAUGGUUUUCAAGAAGAAACAUGGCGGCUAUCUUUCUCUAACAUUGAAAAGUACAUUUUGAAAAACCAUGGGCAAGCCAAAACAUGCUGUGAAAUCAAUGGAGUGAAAUGUUGCAGGAAAGAAUGUUUAAAACUAAUGAAGUAUCUUUUAGAACAACUGAAAAAAAAGUUUGAAAAUCGAAAGGAAAUGGAUAAGUUUUGUUCUUAUCAUGUGAAAACGGCUUUCUUUCACGUUUGUACCCAGGACCCUCAGGACAGUCAGUGGCAGUCCAAAGACCUGGACUACUGCUUUAAUAACUGUGUGACAUACUUUCUUCAGUGCCUCAGGACAGAGGAACUUAGGAAUUAUUUUAUUCCUGGAGUCAAUCUGUUCUCUAGAGACCAAAUUGACAAAAUAAGUAAAGAAUUUCUGUCAAGGCAAAUUGAAUAUGAAAGAAACAAUGGAUUUCCAGUUUUUGAUGAAUUUUGAAAUUAUAUUUUAAAAAAGAAUCAAGAAAUUUGAGUGACUUUAUAAUAAUUAGAAUAUUUGAAUUUGUCACAGUAAUUCAAAAUAAAUGGAAUUAUU